AUGGGCAGACCUGCAAAACGUCGACAAGCUUUGGCUGCAGCACUCCCUUGUCCAGCUGUUCAAGAUGACACGCCCUUCUUGUCCCUUUUAUCACCUCAAUCAAUGGUCGAAACUCUCAGUCAUGUUGACUGGAACGCCUGUGCAGAUCCAAGCUUCAUGCCUGACUUGAGCUCUGAGAUACUGAGCGAACUUCAGCUUGAGUUGGGCAAAGUUGCCGACUGCUCACGUCCGGCGCAAGAACUCCCAUCGAGCUCCACUACUACUCCGCCGCUUGAUUCCUCAACUUCAAAUGCUACUUCGGCAGCUACAGUGUCGCCCAUCCCGCAAACAUCGUCACGGUCAUGUUCUUGUCUAGCAACUUUCUAUCUCGCAGUAGAUGAUCUCUGCAAGAACGAAAGGCUCUCCUUUCCGUCAGGCCUUCCUUUUCUUCGCAAAACGAUCUCUACUGCCAGCCAAAUUGCUCAUUGCGAGAUCUGUCCAACCAGCCAUCUCUCUGCCAUGCAGAAUAUUCAACUUCUGGGAACUCUUCUCAUGUCAGUGGGGCAGCAAUACGGGGUCAUUCUGGAGUCCAUAGACAAAGAUGCCAAGACAUCAAAAGAGAAAGAUGAGCUGAAGUGUCUCCAGUUCAGCGAAGUCGGUGUUCAGUAUUCUGAAGAGGCUCCAAGUUACAGCCUAGGACUAAGCCCUGCGGAUUGGGCGGAACUGGCCAAAAAAGCUGUGAAAGCUGAGGUUUAUGGAAACGGGAGGGAGGAAGAGUGUUUGUGGAGUGUCUUAAACUAUCUUGAAAAACGGCAGGCUCAGUGGCAUGCAGUGCCGCCGCAUCAAGAUUGUCCUCACCAGUACCACCAGUUGGAAGAGGAGCCAUUUUGCAUAAAGAUACUUCACAAGGCGAAAGAGUCAAUAGAGGCUCUAAAGUGGAAGUGUCGUGAACUCUAUGGUCCGGAUAAACCUGAUGCUGGUUCAGUUUCCCUUCUCUAA